AUGUCGACUAAACGCGAGACAGUCGUUGAACAGAAGGCGGUCAUAGUGCCCGACCUUUCCAUCAAGGAUUUGCUGUCUGCAAUUCCCGAGCAUUGCUUCAAGCGAUCGGCUUUCAGAUCCUCGUUGUAUAUUGUCUGGGACUUGAUUGUCAUCACAGCCAUUUACAAAGCCACGAACUUCGCCGACGCGUUCAUCACUCCCGAACAGCUCUCGCUUCCCCACCCCUCCCUAUAUCCGUUUGCGCGUUUCGCUUUGUGGUCCCUGUAUGGCUUCGGAGUCGGCCUCUUUGGAACAGGACUGUGGGUCAUUGCCCACGAGUGCGGCCAUCAAGCGUUCUCCGAGUCCAAGUUCAUCAACAACGUCGUGGGAUGGAUUCUUCACUCUGCCUGGGGCGUUCCAUACCACUCGUGGCGCAUCACGCACGCUAAGCACCAUGCUUCUACUGCACAUAUGACGCAAGACCAGGUCUUUGUCCCUCGUACACGGUCCCAGAGAGGUCUUCCUCCUCUCAACGCUGCUGGGGAAGACUUGCUCGGUUCGCGCGUCUCGAUGGAGGUGCAGAAGGAACUCUGGGAUGCUCUAGGUGACUCCCCGAUCGGUGCACUGUUCGGUGCAGCCAGCUACUUGCUCGCGGGAUGGCCUAUGUACCUCAUUAGGAAUGCCUCUGGCCAAUUGAGAUAUCCUAAGUUCACUAAUCACUACAACCCCUCGGCCGUCAUGUUCUCCCCCCAUCACUGGUCCCAAGUCCUAGUAUCCGACAUUGGCAUUCUCUUUUGGCUUGGAGCCAUUGGUUACAGUAUUUUUACAUACGGUUUCGCCACUGUCUUCCGCCUCUACCUCGUCCCUUACCUCUGGGUUAACCAUUUCCUUGUCUUGAUCACCUUCCUCCAGCACACCGAUCCCCUCCUCCCCCAUUACCGUGCCCCCGAAUUCACCUUCCCCCGUGGUGCUCUCGCUACUCUUGAUCGUAACCUCCUCGGCGAUUGUGGCGCCAUUGCGGCAUGGAUUGGCGCGCACGCCACCCACGGCAUCUCCGAGACCCAUGUCCUCCACCACGUCUCCAGCAAGAUCCCCCAUUACAACGCUUGGGAGGCUUCUGAUGCCCUCCGCAAGCGCCUCGCUCAGUCAGGUAUCGAACUCCAAGGUGCCCCUGCCGGCUGGGCUGAAGUCUAUCGUAUCUUCAAGGAGUGCAAGUUCGUUGAGGAUGAAGGUUCUGUGCUCUUCUACAAGAACGCCCGCGGUUUCGCUGCUGCUCGUCCUGCGUAUAGCGACGCGACUGCUUCCGAUUCUGGUGUCGAUGUUGACUCCAAGCUAUAG